AUGUCUAUUUCAAAAUCAUCACUCAAUUAUUGGGUUAUUUAUAGUUCAAAGUUAGGUCAAAAAGAAGGAACAGAGCAUGAAAAAGUAUUAUUCUUUUAUCCACAAACAAUUGGUAUAGGUGAACAAACUAAUGCUGUUGGUAUUUCUGAAGCAUAUGUUUUAUUUUCAAAACAAUUUUCACCAGAACAACCAUGCGAAAUAAUUCAUACACAAAAAUCAACAUUAUCUUUAUAUAAUCCAGAGGAAGAUAUAUGGAUGGUAUUAUCAGUUAAUAAUCCAGCAAUAGGUACAGCAGGUAAAGAUGGUAAAGGUAGAGAGUAUAUAGAGGAUGAAAUUAAUGAUAUAGCACUAAAGAAAUGCGUACAACAAAUAUAUCAAGUUUGGAAUACAUUUAAUGGAGGCAUUAAUUCAAUGAUUUCAAAAGGAUCGACCUAUGAAAUGGUCAGAAAGAGAUUAGAUAGUUUUAUAAAACCAUACUUACAACAAAUUCAAUUUGAUCAAUUAGAUUUAUUCUCCUCAUUGGACGGCAUCAAAUUUUUACCAGUAAAUAAAAACAUCUACCUUACCAUCUUUAAUUAUAUCAAUAGUGUAGAUUUAAAUUUUCAAAAUAGUUUAGCUUCUUUUAGAUUUGGUAUUGUGUUGUAUAAAGAUCAUUUAAUCCUAUCAUCUCUAGAGCAAAAUGAAACUAGAACUUUAUACAACUAUUUGGUCAAUAUGGUUAAAGUUGGGCAAGAUCCUUCCUCAUCUCAAACUAUGAUGGUAUUAAAUAAUAGUAAUAAUGAACCAACUUGGUAUACAAAAGGCCAAAGAAGAACUGGAUUUAUAAAUAUGCCAGAUUCAAAUUCAAAACAACAUUUACCAUUAGUUUGGUUAACAGAUGACAAACCUCAAGUUAUGAUAAUUUAUGAACAGAAAGAUACAUUUUUAUUAUUCCUUAUUGACCCAUCAGAUUUACCGCAAUUGGAAUUUGAUGAAUUGGCACAAUCACUUGUACAAAAUUUUGAAUUUGUUAAUCCAACUUUAGAAAGCCAUUAUAAUAAAAGAGCAAUAUUUGACGAACAAUAUAAAUAUAUCUAUUUCAAUCAAAUGAAUUUAGCAAUUAAAUCACCCAUCAAACCAAGAGGACCAGAUUUAAAUAAAGAAACAAUGAAGCUAUUAAAUGAAAUACAUGAAGAGUUUGAAAAUGGUUCAUCAUCAGAAAUCAUCGUCAAAACUCAACAUGAUCGUUGGAUCGUAGCAAAGAAAAUCGAUUUUAGAGAGUUUUAUAUAAUGUUUGAUAAUAAAAACUCUAGUAUUUUAGAAAUUAAUGAAGAAGUUAAAAAUGCAACCAACAAAUUUUUCAAAUUUUUAUUUAUUGACUAA